AGCCUCGGGCAAGAUCCGCUGGCUCCGCGGGUGCCUCACACUCUGCCCGGAGAUGUCGGCGUACAAGCGGGUGGCGAAGGAACUGGAGGAUUUGCAGGGGUCACUGCCAUGCUACCUGAGGAACUUGGUCAGCGAACCUGACAACAUCCUGGUGUGGCACAUGCUGCUACUGCCGAGCGAACCACCCUACAACCUCAAAGCCUUCAACGUGAGCCUCAUCUUCCCAGAGGAUUAUCCCUUCAAGCCUCCCAAGAUAAGAUUCACCACCAAGAUCUACCACCCCAAUGUGGAGGAGAGCGGCCAGGUGUGCCUUCCCAUCACCAGCAAUGAGAACUGGAAGCCAUGCACCAAGACCCGCCAAGUCCUGGAGGCCCUCAACAUGAUGGUGAAUCAACCAGAUCUGGGGCAGCCCCUGAGGAUAGAACUUGCCGAAAUGCUGACACAGAACCGGAAGCAGUUCUACCAGAGUGCCCAGAAGUUCACUCUCUCCUACGGAGUGCCGCGGCCCACCUAAACCACGUCUGGCCGCUCUCUGCACCAGGCCCUAUUGGCAUGGUGUGCAGCUACAUCUCCGACUGGGUCCUCUUUCCUUCCUAGCUUGUUCAUCGUUGGUUGGUUUGGGAUGGGGGUGUCUGUGUGUGGAACCACUCCCAGGCUCACCUAACCACAGGUGCCCCCGCUGCACUCCUCCCCAUCUCCCACCAGAGCGGGAGAUGUUGAGGACCAACCAGCCCCCCUUUGGCUCUCUGUCUGGGAAUCCUGCCCAUGCCCACUCUGUCUGUGUUGGGGUAUGGGUCCAAGCCAGUGGGAGGAAACAGGCCCCACAGCCAAGUACCAUCCACCUGGGCCUGGGCUUCUUUGUGGGGGAGGGGGAGGCAGGGUAGGGGCAGGAGGGAAGUGGGCCGAUGGAUGAAGGCACGGCUGGGAAGGAACCAUGUUGACAGUGGAGUGCGGGAUUGAAGUCCGCCACACUAGGAGUUCAUCUUCUCUUUUCCUUUCCAUGGACGCUCCACAAGCGGAAGAUUCUGACUUCCCAGAUUCCCACUUCCAUCCAGGAGCCUGACCGCUCGCUGUCCCACAAGGUGGCGAGUUGCCUGGGGCCAGUUCUCAAGUCUUCCCAGCCUCCCUUUCCAGCAUCCAGUCCUCCAGGGGGUGCCAUGGAAACCCUUGAGAUUGCACAGUCAUUAAAAUGCCGAUGAAUUCUGCA